GCUCUGUACUUGUCGGGACAUAGUCCAAGUUGUGUUAGGUUUUUAUGCGCAAUUUAGUGUCGGAAAAUCGCGUAGUAAAGUGGUGAUGUGGCCACAGGACGCUAGUGAUAUAUACACACGGAUAUCCCCUAAUGCGGGUAUAUACACACUCACUGACACACAGUAUGCAGUAUACACAUAAUCUGACAACCCCACAAAUGCAAUAUCGAAGGCAGGGAUACAGGGGAGGAAGGCUUUAAUGCUUUCUUCAUUUAAAUUUCGAGGUGAGCUGUCAUUUUGCUUUUCUUCUCUGCGCCUCGGGAGGUCUGGGGUUCGAUUCCGGUUGAUGCCCGGAGCUGGCCAAAUUGCCGCGGUUUUACACUCGGCAUGCUAGUCUCCAAUGUUUGAACUGAGAACGGCCUCUCUUGGUAGCAGUGAUGGAAUUUAUAUCAUAGCGAAUACAAUUUUUCAAUGGACAUCUGUGCUAAUGACAGCUUCACAGUUGAUAAUUAUCUUUGUUCUGAUGUGCUUGGCUUUUACAAGCUGUAGCAAUGCCAUAAAUCUGGAUGGUGAAGUUUUACUUGCUUUCAAGUCACAAGUCAUUGAUUCUGAUGGUGUUCUUGUCAAAUGGAAGAAAGAGGAUCUGGACCCUUGCGGUUGGAGCGGUGUUACUUGUGAUUCUCGAACCAGGCGGGUUAUUCACUUGAAUCUUCCCUAUCUCAAACUUAAGGGGUCUAUAUCGUCAGACAUUGGCAAGCUGAGUCACUUACGAAGAUUAGCAUUGCAUGACAACAAUUUUUUUGGUGACAUUCCUUCAACCUUGGGAAAUUGCACACAGUUGAGAGCUUUAUACCUUCAGGAUAACUUUCUGAGUGGAUUAAUUCCUCCCGAGUUUGGAAAGCUUUCAGAGCUAAAAAUCUUAGAUAUAUCUAGUAAUACGCUUCAUGGUCCAAUUCCUGCCUCGCUUGCAAAACUCACAAAACUUUCAACAUUCAAUGUUUCAACUAAUUUCUUGGCUGGUCCAAUACCAUCUGGAGGUCCAUUCAACACAUUCUCCUCGAAUUCAUUCGUUGGUAAUCUUGGGCUGUGUGGUAAACAAGUCAAUGCAAUAUGCAAAAGUGAUCUUGAUGGACUUGUUCCAAGUUCUGAACCACCAGUUCCUGGAGCAUCUGGGGCACCAAAGCAAGGGCAUUUUCCAAGUUCAAAGAAGAACGGUAGAUACUCAACUAAGGUGCUUAUAAGUGCUGUUGCAACUGUGGGAGUUUCACUUCUUGUAGCUCUUAUGUGCUUUUGGGGUUGUUAUCUAUACCACAAGUUUUGUAAAGUGCGCAAGAGACCAGCAUUGAAUGUUGAUGAAGGCACAUCUGUGGUCAUGUUCCAUGGAGAUUUGCCUUACUCUUCAAAAGACAUUCUUAGAAAAAUAGAAACUUUAGAUGAUGAGAAUAUCAUAGGUUCUGGAGGAUUUGGAACUGUUUACAAACUAGUCAUGGACGAUGGCAAUGCCUUUGCCUUGAAGAGAAUUGAAAAAACCACAUUAGGCUCUGAUCGGAUUUUUGAGAGGGAACUUGAAAUCCUAGGGAGUGUCAAGCAUCGACAUUUGGUGAAUCUGCGGGGAUAUUGUAAUGCUCCUUCAGCAAAGCUACUAAUAUAUGACUUUCUACCAGGUGGAAAUUUGGAUGAAGUUCUUCAUGAUAGUUCUCAGGAUAGACCUCUUGACUGGGAUGCUCGAGUGAAAAUUGCAAUUGGAGCAGCAAAAGGUCUAGCAUAUCUGCAUCAUGACUGCUCUCCUCGUAUUAUUCACCGUGAUAUCAAAUCUAGCAACAUACUACUUGAUAGAAACUUAGAGUCACAUGUAUCUGAUUUUGGGCUUGCAAAAUUACUGGAGGAUCAAGAGUCACAUAUCACAACUAUUGUAGCCGGGACAUUUGGCUAUUUGGCACCAGAGUACAUGCACAGUGGAAGAGCAACUGAAAAGGCUGAUGUGUAUAGCUUUGGAGUUCUUCUCCUUGAACUUUUGAGUGGGAAGCGACCAACCGAUUCAGCAUUCAUAGAAAAAGGGCUAAAUGUUGUUGGAUGGUUGAACAUACUGGUCAAGGAGAACAGACAAAGGGACCUGAUUGAUCCUCGAUGUGGGGGAGUACAAUCAGAGAGUUUUGAAGCAAUGCUUCAAGUUGCUAUCCAGUGUGUUUCUGCCAGUCCUGAGAAUCGCCCUACAAUGCAUAGGGCACUACAGAUACUAGAAUCUGAAGUUAUGAGUCCCUGUCCAAGUGAUUUCUACGAUUCAAAUUCAGAAUGAUUGAACCUCAUCUUGUCCGACCAAACAGCAAAGGCUCCUCGGAGAUGAUAAAAUGUAUCAUCAUGAGAUGCAAGAGGGUUAGAUAGGACGAGGCAGCAAAACUUUCAAUGCAUUCUUUUAUUCUUUUAUUCUUUGUAGAUUGUAUAAUAUUAUAACUUUAAAAUAAGUGGUGCAAACAAGAUAUCAAGCACAUAAAACAUGUUCUUGGAAUAUUAUUAUUUGUAGAUAAAAAGUCCUGCAAUUAUUAUGUUAAAGCAUUCCAAUGUUCUCACA